GUGACUAGUUGUUUCCAUUUCAACUUAAUGCAGUUUUUCAAAUCUUUUAUGCUACUUUAUGGUCGUAAACGGAAUAAAACUUUGAUUCAGUUUUUGCUUUGAAUCUCAGCUGCUCCAUGUUCUCAGAAAAGUUCUCUGAAAAAAUUAUGAAUAAUAAACAGUGAUCCGAGGAUUCUCGUAAUAUAAUGAAAUUAUAAUGAUAUAGUUGAUGAAAGCAAAUAUUUUAAAUUCUAGAUGGCUCAAAUUAUCCGAUCUUUUUUAUGUAAAAAUUAUAUAACUUUACAGCAUGGUUUUAGAGGUUCAAUUUAUAAUCAACUUCGAUGGCGACGUAAGGAACCUAAAAGAAAGCCUCUUUGGAUGCCUACUGCUAAGUCUAAACUAUUUAGAAUCCCACAGCAUCCAUAUGUUUCAGAAGAAGAAAAAGAUUUAAUAGAUGAUUUGUUAGAUGAAUAUUACAUUAAACUUGAGUCAUUGCGGAAAUUAUUUCAAGAGGAAUUGAAACAAAAAUUUGAAGAUGAAGGAUUCAGUUUGAAAAAGCAACAGGAAUCAAAAGAAAACUUUCUAUCAUUAUUAGAAGAGAACAAAAAAGAGAAUGAACGAAUAAAGUUAAUAAGAGAAGAAACACUUGAAAGAUUAUUUCAAGAAAAAGCUCUUAAACUUUUAGAGUUCCAAGAACAGAAAAAAGUAGAAGAUGAAAAUAUAAAAUUAAAAGUUGAUGAAAUAGUACGUAAAGAAAAGGAAAAAGUUGCUGGUUACAUAACAUAUGAAAAUUUAGAUGAAGCCAUUGAAAAAGCAAUGGAAAAUCCUGUCAACUAUAACUUUUGCAUAGAUGUUAAUGGUAGUUUAAAAUGGGAAGGAAAACCCCCUGCACAUUUUGAAGAAGAAAUGAAAAGGAGAAUGGAUGAAAGUAUAGCAAAGAAUUAAACAAGUUUUUAUUUUCUUGUAGAUUAAGUAUUUCUUGUAUUAUUGCUUUUUAAUAAAAUAUUGCCUUA